AUGCCCCGCCUCACAGACCUAAUAGCCCGUGUCAAGCACAUCAACCUCAAGCGCGAGUGUGCACCACUCAACGCCGCCGACCUGCCUCCCAAAGUCCUCGAGUACAUCUUCGAGAUCCUUCGGGACGAGCAUCGCGUAACAACCACCCGCGACCACGGCUUCCUCUCGUCCUGGAUCCCCGCGACAUGGGUCUGCCGCGCGUGGCGUGCUGUCGCGCUCGCGACGCCCCGCCUCUGGUCCUGGAUCGACAUCAACGCGCGGCACUGCGAUCCCGAGGCAAUCGCGACGCUCCUCGCGCGGUGCGGGUCGGACGAGAACCUGAGCAUGUCCCUCGACUGCCAGGCGAUCGACAUCGCACAGGCGUGCGAGCUAGUGCGGCCCGUCGCGCACAGGAUCUCCCACCUCUCCGUGUGCAUCGACGGCGAUCAGGCACCUCUUAUCGAGGAGCUGCUGAUGCAUCUUGGGGAUAAGCUCGGGAUACUGCAGCUGUACGGCGCCGACAGCGUGAAGGAGUACAACAUCAGCCUCGACACGGCGCAGGUGCCGAACCUGCGCACGCUCUCGCUCACAAGGAUCUUCAUGCACCCGACGACGGAGUUGUGCGGGCUGAAGGACCUCACGCUGAACAACAUGUGGAGCGAGAACGGGGAGAUGCACGCGGGCGAGUACGUGUACGGCCUGCUCGCGGUGUGUCCGGACCUGGAGACGUUGUGCAUGGAGGACGCGCUUCCGCAGGCUGCGUCCGUCGAGAUCGCAGCCUUUCCACAGAUCGCGUUCCCCAACCUGCGCACGCUGUGCGUGAACGACCUCGCGGUGGACCUGCCCGCGAACCUCGCCAACUUCGUCGUCCCGCCCCUCGCGAGCAUCCACAUCACCGCGCGUUAUGACGGCCACCUGCCAUUCUCGUUCGAGACUGCGACGGUGACAGGGGCGGAUAACGAGGCGGACCAGGAGGACGACACCGUGCUGCCGAUGGACAUCCUCCCUGUGAGCAAGUUCGACAACUUCCCGGCGCUGGUCGACACGGUCGACCUCUGCCUUCAGCUCGGCACGCCUUGCUGCACCGGCGACAUUCGUGUGCAUAGCGCGAGUUGGGAGUUCACGGUGCCGACGCUCGAAGACGAGAUACAGGGCACGAACCGCCUCCCCGAGCUCCUCGACCACAUCUUCACGGGGUUCCCGACGGCGUUCGUGGACCCGACAAAGAUCGUCUUUCUGCAGCUGCACAUCGCGCAGGGUGUACCAGAGUACGACGGCUGGGCAGAGCUGCUCGCGCAGUUCCCGCGGGUGGUCAUGCUAACGAUCGGGGGGAGGAACGCGUUCAACGACCUCGUGAUGGCGCUGAAGAGGGACGUGAAGCUGCUGCAGACGCUCUUCCAGCUGACGGUGUGUCUGGCGGCGCCAAGGACCGCUUUGACGACGGCAGAUGCGAAGGCGUUUGGGGAGAUGUUGGCGGAGAGGGCGGAAAAGGGGAUCACGCUUGAGAGCUUAAUCGUGAGGGUGCCGGAGAUUCCGCUCAACGACGCGACGUUCCACCUCGCCAGCGCGUUAGUGGCGUAUAUGGCUGUUCGGGGCAAGAGCGUGAGGGUGCAAAGGCAAGAUUGCCACACGUGCCACAUGGUUCGUUUGCACAAUCAUGCCUAG